AUGGCAACAGUGACACCAUCAAUUAACACAACUAGUGCAGCCGGUUCCAUAAUUACAACACCUUCAUCUGGUGAUACACAUCAUGGCGAAAACAAGGAAGCUAUAACUCUUCUCUGGUACGAUCCGAAUAUUGAUUUAAGGUCAGAUACAGCAGUCACCAAGCAACGGUUACUUGAUAUUAACCAUUAUACAGUGUUUCAUAAAGAUCUGGAAACAUGUAUUAUCUUUAUUCAAUCGAUUCAACAUGAAAAAGUCUUCUUGGAAGCCAAAAAACAAAUGCUCGACAUAUGUCGCAACUACUAUCGAGGCAACUUACGACAAUUGACAACGAUUGAUGAAUUUGAACGUCAUUAUCAAUCGAUUGAAGCCAUUCGAUGGUACACGAAACAAUCAUUCAUUUAUAAACUGGUUAACAAGGCACUGAAAAGUGAAGACAUUGAUAUGCUGUAUACAUUUCGAUUCUUUAUUGGAGAUUUAUCGGAAAGUCUCGAUCGUGAACAUAAAAAAAUGGUUUUAUCUGGAGAAAGAACAUUGACAGUUUAUCGUGGAGGAAAAUUAAGUGAUGAUGAACUGAAAAAAUUCAAAGAUAGUAUCGUCAUUGAAAUGAGCGCAUCAAAUGCAGGACAAGCCAUCACACUAAAUUAUAUUCAAGAUAUACGUUCAAAAGCUGAAGACAUGAGUGUCGCUAUCAUGUUUGGACGUCUGAUGUGUAAUAUGGGUCAGUAUGAUAAGUCUCUGAAGUAUUUUAAAAACUUGAUGGCUAAUCCACAUGGUGAAGAUCCCGCAUGGAUCGAGCAUAAUAUCGGUCGAGCACUGGAUUUCAAAGGAGAAUGGGAAGCUGCACGGAAAUAUUAUAAAAGUGCUUACAGGCGAAUGAUGAGUGUUGACCCGCCUCGUGUCAAGGAUUCUGCUUAUGUACUUACCAGUAUUGGUUGCGUCUUCCGAAAAGAAGGUCAUUUCCUUCAAGCACUUGAUUCGUUUAAAAGUUCGUUAGAAAUACGCGAGAAAUUCUACCCAAGUGAUCAUCUUGAUAUUGCUGAGAAUAUCAACAAUACAGGCUGUGUUCUUCGUCGACUUGGAAGAUAUCUUCUUGAAGAUUUAGCCAAUGAAAUUCUUUAUGAAAUAUAUGAAUAUCUUGAUGUACAUGAUAUUUACAAAGGAUUUUAUAAUCUUAAUAAUCGAUUUCAAAAUUUAGCUAUUAAUUCAAAUGUUUUAACUAAAAUUAAUAUUUCAAUAAUAUCUAAAUCAAAUUUUGACGAUUAUUAUCAUGAUAUUAUUAUACCAAAUAAAAGUCGAAUUAAUUUUCUUCGUUUAUUAAAUCCAUUUGCUGCCGAGAUUAUUUUCUCACCACCACGUUUGAUUUUGAAUUUCAUUCGUCUUGAAACAUUAGUUCUUGAAAAUAUACAAAUCAAACAUCUUAAUAAAAUCUUUGAUAAUUUAAUACACUUACGUAAAUUUCAUUCAUUAACUAUUUCAAUCGGUGAUUAUAUUGAAUCAUUAUCUCCGAUUUUUUCUCAUAUAUUUUUUUUAUCAAAAUUAAAAUAUUGUAAAAUUGAAUAUCAAACAAAAGAUUACGAAGACCCAUUGUUGACCAUUUUUACUCAAUAUGAUUACAGUCCGAUACAAUGGUUGAUAAUCAAUGGUCGUUUUCCAUUUGAUGCAUUUAAUAAAUUAUUAUGUUGUCUUCCUAAACUUCAGCAUUUAUCAAUUGAUUGUCUUGUUCAAUCUCGUUAUUAUGCGGAAGAAGAAGCAGAAGAAGAAAAUUUAUCUCUUAUUCAAUUAAAAUAUUUGAAAUAUGUUUCUCUUCGAAUUGAUUAUAUUGAGUUUAAAAAGUUUGAAAAAACUAUCAUAGAAUUGUUUCAUUAUGUUCAAAUUUUACAUCUUACGACAUAUUAUGAUGAAGCAUAUUUAGAUGCUAAACGAUGGCAAAGAUUAAUAGUAUCAAAUAUGCCAUAUUUACGUAUCUUUGAUAUAAAUCAUAAAGGUUCUGUAAAAACCAAUACUUUAACAUAUCAUGAUGUUAUUAAUGAAUUUAAUUCUUCGUUUUGGUUUGAAAAUAAAUGGUUUUUUACACAUCAACAUAUUUGGAAAGAUCAACCUGAUAAUGGAAUUUUUUAUUCAAUCGCUCCAUAUCGACGAAAAGAUUAUGUGUAUCAUUGGGAAUCAAAUGAACCAAUUUGUUCACGCAUACAAAAAGAAGAUUACCAUUUAGUUAAACAUCUUUAUAUUUGUAGUAAAGAAAUAAAAGAUAAUUAUAUAAGUUAUUUUCCAAAUGUUAAUCAAUUAACCAUUAAACAUCAUUUUGAAACAUCAAAUGAUUCAAUUUCAAAAAGUCUUCGCCGUAUGAUUCCUUUAAAACAACUUACAAAGUUGGUUAUUGAAUGUUAUAAGUUUACAUUUACGGAAAUUAUUCAAUUGUUACGUUUUACACCUAAUCUAUAUGCAUUAAAAUUGGAUUAUUUACCAUUCGGGGACAUUAAUCUAAAUGUAAUUAAACAAAAUAAAGUUUUUCAAUAUGUAUCAAAUAGAAAUAAAAUAAAAAUUCUCGAUUUUCGUGUUUGGUGUUCAUUCGAUGAAAUUCAAUUGGUUGUGAAUUUAUUUCCACGAUUAGAAUAUCUUAAAAUUGGAUUGAAUAGAAAAGAAAUACAAUCAAUAGUUCGAUUUUUAUUAUCAAAACCUAAUAAUAAAACACAAAAUUUAUUCUUUUUAUGUAUUUUACAAAUACCAAAAAUAUGUUUAAAAGAAUUAUCUAUUUUAAUCAAAUCAGAAAAUUUACUUAAUGAUUACUGUAGUAAAUUUAUUAAUCGUGAUUUGUAUUUAUGGUGGUAA